GCAGCUCAGCAGCCUGACCCUGAGAUGGCCACGCAAGAUGAGAAAAUCAAGUGGGUGGAGGGGAGCCCUUUCAUGGUCGAUGGCUUCCGUUUCACGAACCCGCGAUGCAGACACUAUUUACUGACGCAUUUUCACUCAGACCACACAACAGGGUUGUAUAAAUCAUUCUCCGCCGGUAAAAUUUAUUGCUCUCACGGCACUGCAAACCUGAUCGUCGAACUAAUGGGGGUAAACCGGGAGCGUGUGGUGGCCCUCCCGAUGGACACGCCGGUGCUUGUGGCUGGGUUCGACCUGACCUUAAUCGACGCCAACCAUUGCCCCGCGGCAGUCAUGUUCGUCAUUCGCGAUCCCCGUCCAGGGGGCCGCACUACAUUACACACCGGUGAUUUCCGAGCGGCUGAAAGCGUCUGCAGAAACCCCGUGGUCAAGUCUUUGAAAGGAAGACUAGACUCGCUCUACCUCGACACUACCUAUUGCGGACCGCGUCAUACUUUUCCGGAUCAGUCCGAGGUGCUGGCACAGGCCACGCAGCUCGUGCGGAUGGAGCUUCAGCGGGACCCAAACACCCUCUUCCUAGUGGGGACCUAUUCCAUCGGAAAGGAGAAAGUUCUCGAGGCGGUGGCCAAGGACACGAAUUCCCCCGCGACGCUGCGGGAAGCCUUGACCAAGGCCAGGGCGGGCGGCGCCCCGUUCACCAGCGUGGUGGGUGUGAGACCGACGGGGUGGACGCACACGAACGCGCGUAAGGGGGGAGGGGGGGGAGGUAAGGCCGGUAUCAAGUCUUCGAUUGGAGGGCGGUCCGCGUCUGCCGCUGCUGGCGGUCCGGCGGUAAGAUCCGGAGCGGAGGAACGCGAAGAAACAGGAAAAGAGGGCUCCGGGAUCACUUCCAGCAGCAAACCACAGGAUAGUGUUGGCGAUGACAUCAGCGGGGAGCCUGAGUUACUAUCUGAGUGGGAAGACCAGGACGAUGAAGCGGCGGCAUGGGGAGCUGGAUUAGAGGAGGAUGGGAACGAGGAGACCAUGCAGGUGACGGCGAACGGCGUGGGUGUCGUGCCGCCUCCGUCGAGCUCGUCGAGCUCGUCAUCCACUGUUGCUGGUCCAGCGGUAGGACCAUGGACCGGAAAGAAGCCGUGGGUGGAUGGCGUCGCGAGAGUUUACUCGCUCCCGUACUCGGAGCAUAGCUCCUUCACCCAGCUGAAGGACUUCGUGCGAACCGUUAGGCCAAAGAAAAUCGUCCCUACUGUCAACGCAGUUUCUUCGGCCUCGGUGGAGAAGAUGCUCAGCCAUUUUUUGGAAUUCAUGGACCUGUCCUCGGACCGAAAGCGCCUGGAGUCGUACUUUUGCAAGCGUGACCCUCCCAGUGCAACCGCUUCUCGAGGCAUCGAUAUGCUUUCUUCUUCCGGCGCUAGGGCGUCGAAUCCGUUCAGUUCCCCAGCUGAAAAGCGACGAAAGAACGCAAACAGCUCUACCGGGUGGCCGCCGAACCUCUUCCCCGCCGAAAAACCUUCUCGUCCACCGUUGAAGGCAGCAGAAAGAAAUCGUCUCCACGAAAACGACGCGACAUCUGGUACUACGCUAGACGACUAUCCAUGCGUCCCGAGAAGAGAAGGGGAAGCCCUGCGUUCGAGGGCGGGGGAGCAGCCUUGUGGUGAUGCGGGACGUCUGCCAGAAGCGACAAUGACCGCCGAGGCGGCAGUUCCGGCGGCGAUGCCUGCCCGGUCUUUUGUAGCUGAUGCCGGCGCGCGUGCCGCUUCCACGCCCUCCGCCGUUGAGCUGGAUCUUGUUGACGUGGAAGCGCAAAAGGCCAUCAUGGCUGACAUCGAGCGCCGAAAGCGCGGGCAACAGGAAACAAAGGCGACCGGAGCCCACACUGCGCAGUCCGGAGGCAACUCGCGGGAGAGUAGAAGAAAAAGUACGCCUGGGUCCGGGCGGAAACGAACCAACUCUAGCACCAGAAGCGACGAUGGUCGCCCGGCGGACGCUAACUUGCGAGGGUUUUUCGGCGGCAAAGUCGUUUCGGAUGCGAAGGGGACGAGAACGCUUGCGGAGUCGGUGGGUGGAUGCAGAGGCCACGAGGUGCUGACGAUAGACGACGAGGACUGUGGCACGGAACUGCCGGAACCCAUGGAUAUUCGCGACUUUUUCUCGCGGCGUAAAUAAGGCUGGCGGGCAAACCGGUCAACUCGUAGGGAAUAGCGAAGGAUAUGGUCCGUGGACGAGGCCUCGCGGGCGAUAGAAACGGGUGCCCGUUUUCGUCUCCGUCACAGCUGCAGUCUCGACCGUCUACUCGACAACCUUCUUGCCGGUUUGACGACGUAGGCUCCUUCCAUAGCCGGUGUCCACGGAUUGUACCCUUUCGGGGGGUUCCUCGAUUGCCAUUCUGAUGUGUCUUUGGACUGGUGCAAAGCGGAUCUCCCGUGUAUCUUGUUGCAGCUAUAUUAAAGGCGUGGGUGACCUCCUGAAGAAGGCACAGUGCUAUCACAACUUUGAGGUU